GCAGGACAACUGGUUUUGAUUGGCUCUAUUAGGAUCCGAAUAUGAUUGAAUCGGGUCACCCAGGAUCCGCCGCGCUUCUUUUGUUUCCUUUUUUUUCCUUGUUCGUUUGUUUUUUUUUUAUCCUCGUGAACGACGUGAAGGCAUUAUUGGUUUUUUCUUAAUUUUCUUUUUAUCACUAAAGUGUUUCAUAGGCGUCAAGUCAGUUUUGGGAUUUUUGUAUUUGAAUUCAGUUUUCCUCACUCAAAUCUGGAAACGAAAACGUAUUGUGUUGCGUUGCUCUCUCCUCUCUCGAAUCGAAAUUUUGCAGAACAAUGGAAGCUCUCUACGCCAAGCUCUACGACAAAUACACCAAACUCAAGAAGAAGGAAAUUUCCGAAUUCGAAGCAGUUAAUAAGGAAAUUGAAGAGAAGUUCCUCAACUUUGUUGCAGCUUCGGAGGAUUUGAUGGAGCAUUUGAAAAGUGAAAAAAAGGAUUUGCUGGAGAGAGUUGAGAACAUGAGGACUGAAUUGGAUUCAAUCAGAUCUGACAGGGACGACAAGUGUCUGGAGAAUCAAAAUCUUAAUCGUAAUCUCAAGAGAGAAGAACAAAAGAAUAAAGCACUUACUGAAGAAGUUGUCAAGCUAAAAGAGCAGAUUCAAGAGGGGCAUCCUCGCAACUUCGAAGAUCAAAGUGGAAAAAAACAAGAGACAGUAACACCUGAAACUGCUCGAGUUACAACAAGAAGCAUGAGAAAACGUAGCAGACUGUCAGAAGAUGUGGUGGAGGAAACGGACAUGAUAUCACCUCACAGUAGCAAACAUCAUAAACCAAAGGAAUCUCUCUUGGUUCCUCAGCCACAAUGCUGCAGAACAACCCAUGAUGGAUCAAGUAAUUCUGCUCGUUGUAUAUUUCAAGCUCUUGGUGAACAUUUGCUAGGAAUGGAAUUAUCAACUAGUAAUAAUGGAGGCGAAGACGUAAUUCAUCUGUUGCACCCAACAACCGGUUUAUCCUUCAGCCUAACUUUUGUGAAGAUCUCAUCUGCUGAAGAACCUGAGUGGCUUUACAAGGUUGCAUCGCUCGGAACACUCCAAAGAGUGGUACCAGAAUGGAUGAGAGAGGUUAUAAUGUUCAGCACAAGUAUGUGUCCUGUGUUCUUUGAAAGAGUCUCUAAAGUGAUUAAGCUCUAUUAAUGAUCGGUACCGUAUGUACGUCUCCCUCCCUUAUCUUGUGUAAGUCAUCUCUGAUGGCUUUGUAGUGUGAUGUUUCUCAAUAGUUGAAAAGUUAGGGAAGUUAUCAUGUAUCUAUAGAAAUGUGUCUCUCGUUAACUUUGGGAUUGAUUUCAGAGAUACUGUUCCCUUUUAAUGAAUCCAAUUGUGACAAGAUCUUGAUUUUUC